GUAUAAAAGCGGCGUUACGUACAUCAUAUUGCGUAUCUCAAGCGAGUAGUAAGAAGGGGAAUGUCGGGUUGUGAAUGAUCGGUUUUUGAGGCGGCAGGGAACGUCAACGUUAUGGCUCAGCAAAAAAAUCUGGAGGGGUAUGUGGGCUUCGCAAGCCUUCCCAAUCAAGUCUACAGGAAGUCUGUCAAGAGGGGCUUUGAGUUCACCCUGAUGGUCGUGGGCGAGUCAGGACUGGGCAAAUCUACGUUGAUCAACUCUCUCUUCCUGACAGACCUUUACUCAGCAGAAUAUCCUGGACCUUCACACCGAAUUAAAAAGACUGUACAGGUGGAGCAGUCCAAAGUUUUAAUAAAGGAAGGAGGCGUCCAGCUCCUGCUCACAAUAGUUGACACCCCGGGAUUUGGAGAUGCCGUAGACAACAGCAACUGCUGGCAGCCAGUCAUCGACCACAUAGACAGUAAGUUUGAAGACUACCUGAACUCGGAGUCACGGGUGAACAGACGACAGAUGCCCGACAGCCGGAUCCACUGCUGCCUGUACUUCAUCGCCCCAUCAGGACACGGAUUGAAGCCGCUCGACAUUGAGUUCAUGAAACGGUUGCACGAGAAGGUCAACGUCAUCCCGCUGAUUGCCAAAGCAGACACCCUCACCCCAGAGGAGUGCCAACAGUUCAAGAAGCAGAUCAUGCGGGAAAUCCAAGAGCACAAAAUCAAGAUCUACGAGUUCCCUGAAACAGACGACGAGGAGGAGAACAGACUGGUGAAGAAGAUCAAGGACAAGUUGCCGCUGGCUGUAGUAGGGAGCAACACCAUCAUCGAGGUGAAUGGCAAGCGGGCCAGAGGAAGGCAGUAUCCCUGGGGUGUGGCAGAAGUGGAGAACAGCGACCAUUGUGAUUUCACCAUCCUCAGGGAUAUGCUCAUUAGGACUCACAUGCAGGACCUUAAGGAUGUGACCAACAAUGUCCACUAUGAGAACUAUCGCAGCAGGAAGCUGGCCGCUGUUACCUACAACGGUGUGGAUAACAACAGGGUUAAAGGCCAGCUCUCCACCAAACUUGACACAGUUGAAGGAAUAAGCCCCCUGGCCCAGAUGGAGGAAGAGAGGCGAGAGCAUGUGAACAAAAUGAAGAAGAUGGAGAUGGAGAUGGAGCAGGUGUUUGAGAUGAAAGUCAAGGAGAAAGUGCAGAAGCUCAAAGACUCCGAGGCGGAGCUGCAGCGGCGUCAUGAACAAAUGAAGAAAAAUCUGGAAGCACAGCAUAAGGAACUGGAAGAGAAAAGACGCCAGUUUGAGGAAGAGAGAGCCAACUGGGAAGCCCAGCAGCGCCUGGAGCAGCAGAGGCUGGACGCCUCCAGAACCCUGGAGAAGAAUAAAAAGAAAGGCAAGAUCUUUUAAAAGACGGUCGGCGGGACCACCCCAAGUCAAGUUACUAUUGAUUGCCAACGUUGCCAGUCAGGACAUCCGUGUGUGCCACUGACACCCCGACCCCCCCGACCCUCCUUCCAUCCCCCUUCCUCCUCCACCUCCUCCUCUCUCUCUCUCUCUCUCCUCCGCCUCCUCCUCUCUCCUUCCUCUCUGCUUCAUCUCUUGGCCAUAACAGCUGUGGUCCUGCUCCCAGCCACUAGAGGGGGGUGUUGGGGUGUACUGGAGGUAUUGGGGAUACUGGGGUGUGUGUGAGGGGGGUCUGCAUGUACUGUCAGAGCCACCGCCAGAGAGCUCCCAGGCUGCCUCGGGACUCACCCAAGGAAUGUGUUUACCUUAAUGACAAUAAAAAAGAGAAAAAAAGAACUUAACCCCGUCUUAGAAAGGCCAAACCCAUAUUAUUAUUGUUAUUAUUAUUAUUAUUGUCGUUGUUUAUUACUGAAUACUGUCCUCGCCCCACCCGCUGCUCUGUCUUUCCUCCCAAGGAUGCUAUUUAAUGACUGAUGUCUGCCGAUUUAUGCAAAACAAACAAACAAACAAAAAAACACAUACAAAACAUGUCUAACUGUUGUACAAUCAAAUUCCGGUGAAUUUUGUUUACAGGUAAAAAGUUGCAGUAUGUAUAUUAACCUGAUCUGUGAUGUGUUCAAGUAAGAAGAGGACAAGGCAUUAACUAAAUCCAUUUUUUUUUUUUUUUAAAUGAGUGUAAUCAGUAAUCCCUCUCCCUCCUACCAACCAUAUGACUUAGCCAAAAUUCAAAUCUUGUCAACAUGAGACAUGAGAAACCACGGGAAGCCGAGAAAAGAGCACCUUGGGCUUUUAUAAUUCAAAAAAACAAAACAAGUAAUGGCUAAAGCUUCUUUUUUUCUGAAAUGUAACGCUUUCUUUUCUUCUGUGUUUAGCUAUUUCCACUAGCCUUGGACCACCAUUUAUAAUGUCAUAAGUGUUAUAUUUCACUUUAGUUUAUUUUUAUAUAUACCGAGCCAGCUGAAGUAACUUCUUUUGUAUGUUAGAAUUCCUCAGAGACUGACAGCGGCACAGCACUGUUUUAAAAAAUAAAAAUAAAAUUAAGAAAUGAAUAAAAAAAACAAAAAAACAUUUGCUAAACAGUGAGCCAGGAUGAAACAAUAUUAGAGUCACUCUGUGGAAACGAGAU